GGGAGCGAGCACCGCUGUACCCGGUGCCUUGGGCAGUAGAGGGAGGGCAGACGCGCUGGGACCGCGGCAGAUCUGGAGGGUUUAGACCGCGUUUUCCGCAGUCAGAAUCUGGUGCUAGGCCGUCCUCGGCUGGGGGCCCGUGUCCUGCAGCUGCAGCGUGGGCAAGGCCGGGAGUCUCCUUUCCUUGGCCCUCGUCCCCGCAGAACGGAGAGAGCCCGGCCUGUGGGAACGGUACCGCCGGAGCGAGGACGGGGCCGCUCCCGGGGCAGCGAGCCACUGGUCUGCAUGGCGAGGGAGAAAUAAACGUGGGUGUGGGGGUCUCCAGCCAAGGACAGCGUCUCUUUCUCUUGCAGUUCCUGACUGAGCUCACCAGACUCUUUCAAAAGUGUCGAACUUCGGGGAGUGUUUUCAUAACGCUGAAGAAAUACGAUGGUCGAACAAAACCAGUCCCACGCAAAGGCCAUGUGGAAACUUUUGAACCAGCAGACAAUAAAUGUCUUCUAAGAGCAACUGAUGGAAAGAAGAAAAUUAGCACAGUGGUGAGCUCAAAAGAAGUAAAUAAAUUCCAGAUGGCAUAUUCAAAUUUGCUGAGAGCUAACAUGGAUGGCUUGAAGAAAAAAGACAAGAAAAGCAAAAACAAGAAGAGUAAAGCAACACAGUGAUGGAACGGUGUCCUGCUGUCACUGCAACAGACUUGACCCUUGCUCAAAGCGAAGUCCAUUUGUUCUUGAGAUACCACUUGUCUUUGGCUUUCCUUCCAGCAGGAUACUGGGCUGCAAUCAGUACUUUUGUUUAAACUGAGAGCAGAAGGUGCUUCCUGUGGAUUGUUCUGUGGCAGGAGCAUUUACAGGGUUAUACCAAAAUAGCUUUACACUCAGCUGCCAACUAGUUUUGUACUUAUACUGCUGGUUUUUUUGUAUUAUACAAGUGGGCAGUGUAAAACCUGCUUGGGGGGUAACACGGGUGAAUAGAAACACAUUGUACCAGAAGCAAAGUGAGACUGGAGAAGGAGUCUCAGUGACAGAUGCCCAGUUCUAUAGCUAAGCCUCGGUAGUACUAGGGAAAGUGGGUGCCAACAUAUGAUCAGGAACAGCAGCUUUCCUGUUUCUGUCUUACUUUGAGGGACAAGUCUACAUGAUGCAGUGCAGAUGCUCCUGAGGCAGCCAGCACAAUGCUUGAGCUCUUGCAGAGCCAGGCAGCUGUGCCAUUGCUCCAUGCUGAUCCACCUGUGCUGACCCUGGCUCAAGGUGGCAGGCAGGACAGGACUGUGCAUUCUGUUCUCUUCAGACAUGGCUUAAAAAUGCUCAUGUCACCUAAACUUCUUUUUAAAGCUUUCAUCCUUCACUAUAUCCAGGGAUCUGAAUUUCCUCAUACUUCAUAUCUUAAAGUAGCUCCUUCAUCUGAGCAGAUGUAAGAGGUGAAUACUGAACUGUUCCUAUUAAACACAGUGAGAAAUG